AUGAGCAAGUCGUACCAGUAUACCAAAGGUUUUAUAGACCAACAGGUGAAAGCACUCAAUUCUCCGCUAACGGUUGAUUUUGAGAUCGAAGAUAUUCUUCAGAAGGAAACCAACGUAUCCAAAAGUAUAUUCAAAUGUAAUGUUCUCAUUCGAAGAUACAAUCGAAAUAAGUACCAAUCCCAGGCUAUAAAUCAAAUAAUACAGCAGGUAUUGAAGAAUGAAACAAGCAAGUUGGUUAAGGUGAACGAAAGCUUCAUCAAGAUACAUAGUAUUCUUAAAAUAAUCCUAAUACCGGAGAAUAUAAGCGAUGAUAACUUACCGGGGAAGUUGAAAUUGUUCAAUCAAUUGAUUAAUGAAUUGCCCCAGCUGAAGUAUCUUAUUAUAAACGAGGUACCACACGAGACGGUUGAUGAGUUCAAUACCCAACUAUCCAAUUACGAAGAUAUAAGGAAACACCUAAUCGAAUUAAAUGAGGUGCUACUAUACAAAUAUGAUAAAUUAACUUAUUUGAAGAAUUUAAAACUCAAACUAUCAAGCUAUACUAAUCCCAAAGAUAUACAGCCCAAUCUAAUAAUGUCAAAUGACCAUUUACUCUAUGAUGAAAUCAACCGGUUUAGAGUGCUUGUUGAAAAAUUAUCGUAUAAAUUAUCCGAAAAUGAGUUAACCGAUAUUUUAAAUAAACUACAAGAUUAA